AUCCCCUCCUACAACAAAACACAACAAAAAUUAGGGUCAUUUUUGCACCCUUUCCCCUUUUCAAUUUAACUAAAGAAUUUGAGGUUUCAUUAAUUCAACAAGAAGGGAGUAACUAAUUAAAGUUGGAAGGUGAUAACUUGCAGGGGAGUUGCGGCCGCUACUGCUACUCUGAGUAAUCUAUGUUUCAUCUAAUCUCCUCCACUUGAGCAUAUGUAUACUCUUAUAGCUUCGAAAUUUUAACUGAACCUUUGGGCAGUGCUCCAUCUCUUUUUCUUCAAUACAAGCAGCCAUCCAGAUUCAAGGCUUGAUAAAGCUCAACUUCACUCUUGGAACCGACUGACAAAAGGAGGCAAGCCCCUGAAAACGCUGCUGGGAACAAAAAGGUGACUUUUUUCUGGUGGGUUCUGCUUGGUUUACUAUACAGUGCUUUUUCUUCAAAAAAGCCUGGACUAGAUAUUGUUUGGAGCCAAUUGGAGUCUAAAGUUUCAUUCUUUGAUGGGUGGGAAUCGUGUCAUUUGUGAUUCUAGGUUUCAACUAAAGUGUGCUGCAGAGAGAUUUGACCCUUAUGAUUGGAUAAGUUGCCUUCCAGAUGACAUUCUCAUUGUGAUAUUGUCUUCCCUUCCGCUGAAGGAAGCUGGGUGCACGAGUGUUCUUUCAUUUCGUUGGAAGAACUUGUGGAAACAAACCUCGUGCCUCAUUUUUUAUGACAGCAGUGCAUUGGACAAGAUUGCUCAAGAUAACAAGCUACGCAGUGAGGAGAGGCGCAAGUACGUAAGAUGGGUGAACUCAGUCCUGAAAUCUGCACCACACAAAGGGGCGCUCACCUUGGAACACUUCAGGAUCUGUUUUGAUAUAGGAAAAGCAUUCUCUAGGACCAUUACGAGGUGGCUUAAAUUUGCUUUUAAGAGACGGGUUGAGAGCUUGGAGUUGAACCUUCUAGAAUAUGGCGAUUAUAAAUCAAAGAAACCAUAUGUCUUCCCUAAAGACAUCUUCUUCCGAAACAGCAGUGACAUCCCUCACCAAACUACUACACUUUUCAACUUCAAUUUCCUGAAAGCGCUGUGUUUGAAUAAUGUUUCGAUCAGUGAUGAAGCUAUGGAGUUUUUCUUGCGCAACUGUACAUCACUAGAGCAAUUAGUUCUUCAAUGCAUAGAUCAAUUAUCAAAUCUUGAAGUUUGUGGUCCAUCCCUUGUGUUAAAAAGUUUGGAUACAAGGUAUAGCUUUGAUUUGAAAUCCAUUAGGGUAUCCGCACCAAACCUUACUUCACUUGCAGUUUCGACACCAAAAGGACUCGUGCUCGAGAAUGUUCCAAUGCUUGUAGAUUUAAAUAUUCUCUGCAUGGAAACUAAAAUGCCAUUAAAAGUUCUUACACUAAAUUGUUGCUUUUCCCAAUUGGAGAUUCUUACCCUGCGGCUGCUAAUGCAUAAGGCACAUGAUAUUGUGCGGUCCAACUUCCCUGAGAUGCUUAAGUUGAAGAAGCUGACUGUAGAUUUUUCAGCAGAUCUUGAUGAAAGUCUUCUUGGACUAACAACAUUCAUUAGGAUAUCUCCCAACCUAGAAGAAUUUGUGUUAAUGAUUGAUUGGUCCGAGGUAUCUUCAUGGGCUAGCAGAGAAGUGAACAAGGGAACACCAUUUCCUCACCAACACAUUAAGGUGUUCAAGUAUUUAGGCUAUUAUGGCCACUGCAGUGAUUUGGAAGUAGUGAUGUUCAUUUUGGAAAACUGUGUUGGACUUCAAGAAAUCAUCAUUGAUCCAGCCAUUCCGCUAGUUUUUUUGCAUGAGCCACGAGAGCCCGAUGAGUUGGACUACGAACAAGUUGGCAGAAGUAAUGCGAAGCAACAGCUUGAACCAAUAAUCCCUCCCCACAUUACAUUUGCUAUCCAAUAGAUUCUUGUUAUUCUAUUGCAUUUGCUACACCGGAGGUUACCAGCAAUCUCUAAUCUGCAGCUAUUCCCCCCUUAGCUUUAUUUAUUUGUUUAUUCAUUUUUUGGAGUUGGUGUUCAUCAGUCUCUGCGUGUACCUUUUGAAACAAGGAAUAAUAGGCAUUCAAAGCCUUUGAUUGAAAAUCACUGCUAUUCAUUAUUUUGCCGUAGC